AUGGCAACAAAAUCAUACAUGAUGUUUCAAGUCUUUUGUCUUAUUUCCGUAUUCUGCUUGAAUACCGCUCUUCAAUGUAAAGUAUGCACCAAAGAAGAUUCGAAUUGCGUCAUUGGUGACAAUAUCGAAAGUCGUACUUGUGGCAAUGGUGAAGAUCUUUGUUUCACAUGGUUUGACCGUAAAGGUAUUGAAGUGAGAGUUGAACGUGAUUGUAUAUCAAGUGGCACCAAAGGAUACAAAGCGAUGAAGAAAGUGAUCGGAUCGCGAAAUAGUGGCUGUAUAAAGAAUAUAAAUCGUCUUGAUUGUUUCGCAUUUUGUUCUCUUGACGAUUGUAACUGA